AUGGACGGCAGCAUGCGCUCCAGUGUGUCUUCCUACGGGGACCCGCGCUACCUGUCCACAGCGUCCGCCUCAACCCCUGCUCCCGUAGCGCCGCUGGGAAAGUCGCUGGUCGACGGGUACCGGGAUUCCCUCGACCCCCAAAACGACGAUAGGACACGAUACAAUCCGCUGAACACUGCCCACCCCCGAAGCUCGGCUCUCCUGAACGCCAACGACCCCGUGGCCCUGUACCUGUUGACCGAAACCGCAAUCGGCGACAGCACCAACUAUGAAGUCUUGUCCUUUGAGGAAGUGGAGAAGCUGAAGAAAGAGGCAACCGUGUUGUCGAGUCGGAUCGAAGGCACAAAGCGGAAAUUGGCGCUGGAGACAAAACUACGGGAUGCCGCCCAAUCGCUGGGAAGGCUGUACAGCCCGCCUAGCCCACGCAGCAGCGGCGAGUAUGCCGACAAUACACACCGGAGGAGUCGGAGCAUCUUUGGUCGGAGUGGGACGUCCGCGGCUCUCGACAAGAGCGAUUCAGAGCUUGCGGUGAGCCAGCGGCGGUGCGAGCAGCUCGCGCAGGAACUCUGGAAGCUGGAAGGGCGGGCUCAGAAGAUCGACCGUCGGUUGCUGGAACAUACGGCGGGUGUGCUUCAGAUGACACACAAGGGGUUAAAGAAAGGACCUAAGAACGCCGUGGACAACACUUAUGACGGACAUGAAUUCGACGACCGAAGCCUCUACCGGACCAACGAACACUUGGAUAGCUUUGGGGUACACGGGAAAGUUCAGCAUGGCACGGCCCCGGCAAACAACGAAGCGAUCCAGGCAUUGGAGAGGCGACUGGAGGAUCUCAGCGAGCGCAUGCACGACAUGAUGAUCCAUGCCAAUCCCGGUGAAUUUAUCGAUCCUCCUCCGCAGAUGUCAAGAGAAGGCGGACCCGUCACACCGAAUGGCACGGCCGACGCACACUUGGCCUACAUUAAAAAUGCCAUGGAAAGCAUCGCCAUGCACAAAGAGACCGACCGCGCUGCUCCCGUGGCCGAGGUUGCCCCUGAAGCGGAAGGUGCAUGGAAGUACCAACUCACCGAGAUCAAUAAUCGAGUACAGGUCAUCGUGGAUCGCUUUGGCCUGACCCGUUCUCCGACACUACCUCCGCCUCCGGAUGCUACGCAUGGCGAGGGUCUGGAAGAGCAGCUUGCCUACCUCCGCACCGGUGUAGACGGACUCGAAACUCGAGUCGAGGGAGUCCUGGAGCAGAAGAGCAUUCUCACCACGCAAAUUCAACAGCAACGUGAACUCAACUCCAAGUCAGACGCGGAACGAGAUGCUCACAUCGGCGACUUGACUGAACAAUUAAGCCAUGUUCGAAAAGACCUCGAGGUGUCUGAGCGCGAAGCCAACGCCAACCGCGACGAGCUGGCUCUGGUGAUGGAUCAGCUAGAGGUCAUGCGCAAUAGUGGCUCUUCCCAAGAAGAGUCCAAGGCUGCCCUGGUGAAGGCAGAGGGUGAAGUUGCACGCUUGCAAAGUGUCCUCACGUCAUUGCACACCGAAGCCGACGCCAGGAACGUCGAGCUUAGCGAGGCUCGGGACGCACACGAACAUGCAGAAGCUGAGCUUAAGCGUCUUCAUGCCGAUCUGGAUGCAUUGCAGAGAGACCAUGAGGCUCGGUCCAUGGAGGUGAGCGAUGCCCGUGACCGCGCCGAAGGCGAAGCCAAGCAAUUGCAUCUGGAGGUCGAGGCAUUGCGAGCCGCUUCGAGCUCCAAGAACGAGGAGGCUAUCGAGGCCCGUGAUCAUGCAUUGAGCGAGGUUCAACGUUUGGAGGCCGUCAUCGUUACCAUGCAACAUGAAGCCGAUUCUAAAACCGAAGAAAUCAUCGAGGCUCGUGACCAUGCAGAGAGCGAAGUUCAGCGCUUGGAAGCCGUCAUCGUCACGAUGCAGCAUGAGUCCGAUUCCCGGUCUAAAGAAAUCAAGGAAGCUCAUGAUCGCGCGGAAGAUGAAGUCCAGCGAUUGCAGGUCGAAAAUGAAGCUCUGCGGAAUGACACCGGCUCUAAGAGUGAAGAGACCAAGCUGGCUCUUGACCGUGCAGAGAGUGAAGCUGAAAGGCUGCAGGCUGUUAUAGUUUCCAUGCAGCACGAAUCCGACUCUCGAUCUACAGAGGCCAGGGAGGCCCGAGAUCACGCGGAAAGCGAGGUCCAGCGUCUUGAAGCUGUGAUUGUCACGAUGCAGCACGAGUCCGAUUCCAGAAUGAAGGAAACCCAGGAUGCUCAUAAUGACGCCCAGGAUGAAGUUAAGCGCCUCCAGGCUGCAAUCGCCACCUUGCAUAACGACAGCAGCGCCAGCGAGGACCUUAAGGAGGCUCAUGGUCGUGCUGAGAACGAAGUCCUGCGUCUACAGGGCAUCAUCGAAACCAUGCAGAAUGACAGUGGUGCUCGAUCCGAGGAGAUCAGUGGCGCGCGUGACCGCGCAGAGCAAGAAGUGGCCCAGCUUGAAGCCGCUAUCCAGCAGAUCCGCAGCCAGUCAGACGAACGCAUCCAACAAGCGAACAGUCAACGCGCGCAAUCGGACGAAACUGCAGCUCGCCUGCAGAAUGAGAUGACCGAGCUCGAGGGCGAGAUUGUGCGGGUCACCACAGAACUGACCAUGGCCAAGGCAGAGCUGGACGGUGCGUACGGCACCAGGGCCGAGCGUGCCGCAGCCACCGAUCCUAGUAUCCAGAAGGAGAACGAUGCUCUAGUUACCCGGAACAUCGAGCUUACUGAAGAAUUGGCUGUGCUCAAGAGCCAGCGCGGAGGCGGCGAUCUUCAGCAGCGAGCGGAUACUCUCGAACGGGAGCUCCGCGAAACCAUUGACGACUACGAGGCCAUGACCAAGGCUAGCAUUGAGUUUGAAAAGGAACGUGAGCGUUUCGAGGGAUUCAUUGACAGUCUCCGGGAUCGCUGCGAGCAACUGGAAACACAGCUGGCGGAGGAGCGGAUUAGCUGGAUGAACUUGAGUAGUCCCACUUCUGUUGGCCGUGACGGUGCUUCCGAGACCACUUCGACCAUGGUGCUGAAGAAUGAGUUCAAGAAGAUGAUGCGUGAUACGCGCAAUGAGAACAUGAAGAUCCUGAGGGCCGAACAAGAAGAGCGUCGGAGGAUUGAAGGGCUGCUACGAGCCCUCCGAAAGGAGCAUGCACAGGUCACUGGCAAACCCCUGGCCAGUCCUGGCAGCACUCCGUUAUGA